AUGGCUGACUUGCCUAAGGAACGCAUCCAUGCAUCACGGCCCUUUAUCGUUACGGGCAUAGACUACUGUGGACCAUUUUAUUUCAAACCGGAAACACGUAAGAAAGCUGUGUGGAUGGAACUGGUAAAAGAUCUUUCAACAGGCUCUUUUCUUGAUGCACUUAAGCGCUUUAUAGCUACUCGUAGCAUACCAAGUUGCAUUUGGUCAGACAAUGCUACCAAUUUUGUUGGCGCUAAGAACGAGCUGAAGGAUUUACGCGAGAAUCAUCGCAACCAACGAUCACCACAUUUUGGUGGUCUGUGGGAAGCAGCAGUAAAAAUGGCAAAAAAGCACUUCUAUCGCUCCGUUGGUUCAUCGCUUCCUGGUUUUGAAGAAUUACGCACCUUAGUAUGUCAAAUAUCAGCAGUAAUUAAUCCAAGACCUCUUGUGCCACUUUCAGAAAAUCCAGAAGAUCUUGAUGUACUGACGCCCGGCAUUUUCUUAUUGAUGGUCCUCUCACCGCUAUUCCUGAGCCGAACCUCACGCAUCUAA